CCUUCGCGGUGCCCGCUGCCGCGCACGGGGCUCGAAAGAUGGAGGACUACGGGCGAUUCUUGGCGCUGCUGGCCUCUACGCUGCUGGUCGGCUUCUUGUCGGUCAUCCUCUCCCUCGUCUGGGUCUUCCACUACCGCGAGGGGCUGAGCUGGGACGGGAGCGCGGGGGAAUUCAACUGGCACCCCGUCCUCAUCAUCACAGGCUUCGUCUUCAUCCAGGGCAUCGCUAUUAUUGUGUACAGAUUGCCCUGGACCUGGAAGUGCAGCAAACUCCUAAUGAAGUUCAUACAUGCUGGAUUAAAUACCAUAGCUAUGAUUCUUGCAAUUGUUUCUAUGGUAGCCGUGUUUGAAUUCCACAAUGCCAAGAACAUUCCUAACAUGUACAGUCUGCACAGCUGGAUUGGGCUGACUGCUGUUAUAUUUUAUUCUCUCCAGCUUUUCCUGGGUUUUGCUGUCUUUCUGCUCCCAUUUGCUCCGGUCCAUCUCCGCGUAGCUCUCAUGCCAAUACACGUUUAUUCGGGUCUUACCAUCUUUGCAACAGUGAUUGCAACAGCUCUCAUGGGAAUCACAGAAAAGCUUAUAUUUGCAUUGAAAACUCCUGCAUACAGUGCAUCCCCACCAGAAGCAACUUUGGUCAACUGUCUUGGUCUUUUGCUUGUCAUAUUUGGUUCACUUAUUUUGUGGAUGGCAAGCAGGCCCCACUGGAAGCGGCCCCCAGCAGAGAACGCUAAAAUUCUGAGGCCCAUUGGAGCAACUCCUGAAGGCACAGAAGUAGAAUCCACAAUGACAAACAGCAGUAAUGCAGAUAAGUCUGAUCUAAGGGGCAAUACUGAAGCAGCCAGAAAACAAAACAUCAAAUUUGAUGAAGCAGGACAAAGAUCAACUAUGUAAAGAAAAUACACAGAAUGAAAGUACUAUUAUACCUCCAAAUUCCCUCUGGUGAGGGUCCUUCUAAUUUAGUUACAUUGAUAUGUAAGUAGGUUGGGGGUUCAUUUUUAGUAAGGCUUGCUGAAAGGUACUCAAGUUUUCUGCAUAUGGAUUUAAAUUCCUGUAAGUCCAAAACAUAUUUUAUUGGUCCAUGACUAGUCCAUGCCUUGUUUAAAAAAACAAGAGCAUGAAUGACAUCAUAUAAUGGGAAAAUCACCUAACUGGAAAAUGUCUUGCUUAUCACUUUUUGAUUUAAUGCUUAUAUCUCUUAUAGUCAUGAAAAAUUGAACAAGAUUCAGACUAAAUUUUCAGUGAUUUUGCAAGUUAUGAAUCAGCCAUGAAGUAUAGCAGACAGAAAAAUUUAGUCUGUCACACAUAAAUUUUCUGGUAAUGUUCACUUUUUUAAAGCUCUGACUUCUCUAGCUGAUUAAACCCCCCACCAGCUGCUAUGUUCUAUGGGAUUUGAGGUCAUGCUGCACUUGAUAGAGUUGCUUCAUAAAAAAGUUUAUUCUAAAAUUUUUAAUUUAAAAAAAGAGAUUAAAAUGUUAUGUUUCCUUUAGAAACUUCUGGGGG